UUGAACACAUGCACUCACUUCCGCAUCAUGUGGCCAUGCGAAGCCACGCCUCUUCAGUUACUCACACAUCAACAUGGCGACGUGCAGAAAGAUGGGGCGAAGCAGGGGAUAUAUUUGUGCUCUUUCUCUGGUUAUUUUCCUCCAACCUUUAGCCAGCGGGUUAGGGUUACCGCUACAAGAAGUUACCGCGACAAAAGCACCAAGCCAAGAGAAUCAGAAGGGAAACACGUCUCAAAGUUUGACUUCAACCACUUUGAGCAAGAAAGCAGGUGACCAAGAGCCUUCGCCAUCUCAACAGCAUCUUGAGAACCCUGCAGCACCUGCUGGCAAUGACUCUACUACUACAACAACAAAAAAAGAGGCUCCUAAAGAAAACCCCACAACAACAAAAAACGAGGCUCCUAAAGAAAACUCCACAACAACAAAAAAAGAGGCUCCUAAAGAAAACUCCACAACAGCCAUUAAUCCAAAAACAUCUAAUGUGCAUGGGGAUUUACAGUCAGUCACCAUCUUUGAUACCUCUGAUAAGACACUGCAGCCAGAAACUGUCAGCAAAGAGGACCCAAUAACAGAGGGUAAAGAGACAACAGAUGAACCUGCUGCUUCUGAAGCCGCCCCAGCUUCUAGUCCAGAAGUUCCCACCACCUCUGUCAAAGUCCCUGUACCAGUGAAACCUGUAACUGAAGAGCAAGAAGCUCCUGUCUCUGACUCCAAACCCUCAAACGCUCUGAACAUACCAUAUCCAGACCUGCUGCAGACCACUGACAAAGGACCAUUACCGAUUGGUUUGGAUAAUUACACAGAUGAGGACGAAGAUGAUGCUACCUACGGGGACGUAUAUGAAAACAACAACAACAAUAAUGACGACCUCAAAGACCAGCCUGUGAACAGGCUGCAGUCAGACGGGACGGAGGUGACCCGUUACAAGGGAGCAGACAGCUACAACACAGAGGACGAGGACUCCCACUUCUUCUUUCACCUGGUCAUCCUGGCUUUCCUGGUGGCGAUUGUUUACAUCACCUAUCACAACAAGAGGAAGAUCUUCCUCCUGGUUCAGAGCCGGCGCUGGAAAGACGGUCUGUGCUCCCGCAACACCGUGGAAUAUCACCGCCUGGACCAAAAUGUCAACGAGGCCAUGCCGUCCCUCAAGAUGACCCGGGACUACGUUUUCUGAUCCAUGUUCAGAAGGACAAUAUGUCAAGACCUGCACAGAGCCAGUUGGCCUUCCUGUCUGGCCAGUGGUGGUGUUGAGAUGCUGUGCUUUGUCAUGGAGCCUGAUUGAUGCUUUCUCUUGCUUUACUGGCCAACUGGAGAGCAUCAUGUCUUUGGGAUAGAGUUAGUUUGUCCAGAACAUUUCUGUUAUCUGCAUAGAGAGAUUUUUACAGUUUUAUCUUUUACUCUCAUUUGUUAUAUUAUUUGAAUAUGAUUUUUUUUUCCUCAAUUAUGACUUCUUGGGAUUUAAUAUUUUGGUUUGUUAGGGGUCUUAUAUUUGUGUUUCAGCCUUAUGGUCCCGCUACACCUGUUUCUGUUUCCCCUCCUGCGUACUGUCUUAAUGUGUUUACUCACUUUAACAAUGUCAUUAUAUAAUGCUUAAUUCUAACAGCUGAUUAUUUACCCCAAUAAUGGAUCUUUCGCUCAGCCAUUAGCAAAGAUAUGGAUUGACACACUAAACAUUGGCUUUUAAAGCACUCGUUGUGUCGUGCAUACUUUUGCAAAGCAGCAAUCCAGGAGCUGUUACUUAUACCUACUGUCUACCGCUCACGUGGAAAAUGGUCUGUUUGUCAUAGAUGUUACUCUAAGUAAAUGACUAUUAAACUAUUUGUAAGAAAAACAUAGGGAAAAUUGAUUUUAAAUAUACAAAUUCAAAAAGAGUCUUUCAUGUAUGAGAUGGAAAUCAGUUUCACUGAGAUUUCAAAAUGUAGUCCAAAUUUAUUUUCAACUGUUAAACCAUCACCUAUGUUUCCUGUCUCCUCUCAGAGAAAAUAAAUGCAUAAUUGCUUUUUCAUUUAGAUUUUACAUUUGAUAAGGGAUGUAGAAUCCCGACAUGUUGGGAAGUUAAGCUGCACAUUAAGUCGAGGAGGGUGACUACUCUUCAGGUGAGGGAACUGUCCAUGGGCUUAAGCCAUUUAAAUACUGAUACUGAGAAUUGUUCAGGUUAGAAUGUACUAAUAUAAUGUAUGUGAGAAGACAUGUUCAUCAAUUUAUAUUUUACUUAUCUACGGUACCUCUUCUACUGCCCAGAUUUUGCUAUGCAGAAAUCCUGGGGCUGGCCCUCUUUGUUUUAUGACUUCGGUGAAGUCUCUAUAAAUCAUUAUGGUCUUCAUUGUGUUCACACAACAUUUCAUUUUUGCUUACUUCCUGUCAGAGGACAGUUUGGUGGACCGCUAUCUCAGUUCAUCAGAAAUGUUGCACGCUCUGUACGGCUGGAUUUUCACAUGAGCAAAAACCACCACCAUGACCAGACCAUGACUUUAUUUCUAUUCAUUACAGUCGCAUGUUGUCCUGUGUGUGGCCGUCUCAUGCCUUCAAUUGAAAUGCCAUAACUGCCACAUGAAUCCACAUAUUUGUUAUCAAGCUCUCGUCGCCUUCCGCCAGUUGUUCUCUCCGUAUAUAUAGGGUUAGAGUUAAGGUACACAGCGAUUUGCACUGUGCCGUUCAGUCAUAUUAGCUGGAAUAUGAGGGGAGCUGUCCUGCCUAAAGGUGAUGGAUCAACACUGCUUUUGCAAUCAACAGUAGAAACUUCUUUUUUUUUCUGUCAAUAAAGCACAAAUUGUGUAAAGAGUU